AUGCCAGCAUCUGGUGUCUCCAGACUAUAUAAACUUCAUCCUAUCAAUUCGUCGCCUUCAACCUCCAAGCAAAGGGCGCAAGGCCCAACAUACCGCACCGCCUUGAUCGUAGGUGCCGUCUGUAUCCUACACAUCUCCGUCAUGCUUAUAGCCACGAUCACCAUCGGACUUAAACGGCCCGCCUCUCUGCAGUCCUGGUCCAACCUCUGCGGUAUCUUAGCCGCGGUCCUUUCCUCGAUUCAGUACUUCCCUCAGAUCUACACCACCGUCAAACUGCGCUGCGUCGGCAGUCUGAGCAUCCCUAUGAUGUGUAUACAGACACCAGGUGGCUUUGUUUGGGCUGCCAGUCUUGCAGCUAGAUUGGGCGCAAAGGGAUGGAGUACAUGGGGUGUUUUGCUUGUCACUGCGAGUUUACAGGGCCUACUACUCGUACUGAGCGUUUUCUUCGAGUACCUGGGGCCGAACAAGGGACACAGUCAUGGAGAGGUCGAGUCAGUGGACAACGAUGAGCGCGAUGAGCAAGACUCGCGUCCCUCCGAAGAGACUCCCCUUCUUCAAAACCAAUGA